UCUUUGCCGGUACGGCAAUGAUCGUCUGUGCUGCUCUGUCAAUUCUUCCACAGCCUGUGUCGAUGUGUAUGCCUGUGUAUGCUACAGCUCGACCGUGUAAAAACACGACAAUUCUACGUGAAGUGCGAUAUUGGUAUGUAUUGGUGCGACGGUGAAGACUUGACAGGUACGAUGCCGGUACAUAAACAAUCUAUAAGGCAAACUGAACUAACAUAUAUUUUGUUUCUUUUUAGAAAAGCGAAUUUACCAGCCGAAAAAAACAUCAUGACGUCGAAAUCGUCCCUGUAUCGAAAGCGUCGUCUCAUCCUUGAAGAAGAGGAACGAAUUAUGCGGGAAGAACGUGAUGCAAUGGAGGCUUCCAGCUCUGUUUCGGUACCGGCAUCGGGGGCUUCCGGCUUUGCUACGGAGCCGGCAUCGGAGCCCAUGAAUUUAGAUGUUUUAUAUGAUUCCAAUACUGUAUCAGUAGAUAGCGUUGGUGGUGGUAUAGUGGGUAGUAGUAUAGAUGUAAAUACUAACGAUAUUUAUGAUGAAGUAGAAGAACCGGCUGAACUUCGCGAUGAUUUUUGGACGGAAGCUUAUAGCUUCUUGAACGAUUUUUCAACGUUGAAAGACGCUUUGAAAUAUUUGGCAGUGGCAGGGCAUCUUUCUCGAAGUUUUCUCAACUUGCUGUUGGCGAUUUUAAGAAAGUUUGGACACCCUGAUCUACCGAAAGACGCUCGUUCGCUUCUCAAAAUACCCAGAGUAAGCAAUGAGAUUCAAACCGUUGCAAGUGGACGUUUUUGGUAUCCGGGUAUUGAGGUUGCCCUUAGAAAUGUUUUUAAAAAUAGCCCUCCACAAGUGACGAAUUUAAGCCUUCAAGUAUCGAUUGAUGGACUUCCACUCUUCAAAAGUAGUGUCACUCAGUUUUGGCCAAUUCUAUUUAAGGUAGAAGAGAUAUCCGAUUGUCCGGUAAUGGUAGCGGGUGUAUUUAGCGGCCAAACCAAACCCGGUAGUCUCGAGCAAUUCCUGCGUCCAAUAGUUGACGAAAUUAACAAUUUACGGUCAACAGGCAUACAGUUUGGUGAUCAUGUACUUCCAGUAUGUAUUAAGGCCUUCAUUGCUGAUUCACCAGCACGGGCUUUUAUUAAGUCUGUUAUGGGAUUUUCGGGUAAACACGGUUGCACGAAGUGCACUACCGUUGGAGUGCAUGUGCAACCCGAAGGUAAGGUAAUUUUUAAUCCUUCACCUGCACCCCCGCGUACUGAUACUAGUUUCCGUGCAAGAGAGGAUAAAGAACACCAUAAGACAAUACAUACCCCCUUAGAAGACAUUGAAGGUUUAGAUAUGAUCAAGAGUUUUCCAGUUGCUGAUCGAUUGCAUCUUCUUGAUUUGGGUGGUAGUCGUAAAUUUCUGCAGGGAUUUAUGAAUAAUAAAAUGGUUAGCUUUGAUCGGUGGACAAGUGAUCAAAAAAAAAAUAUUUCUCACUUUUUGGUUAAAACCAAGCUUCCUUCCGAAGUACACCGACCAUUUCGAUCGCUGGAAACAAUUCAGUAUUGGAAAGGAACCGAGUUUAGAUCUUUUCUGCACUACGUUAGCCCUGUAAUAUAUAAAGAUUUCAUGCAUGAGGUAGGCUAUAAUCAUUAUCUACUCUACUUUUGCAGUAUUACAAUUUAUUCUUCGUCAACCCAUGCGCACUUACAUUCUCUUGCACGUAGAAUGCUUCUUAAAUUUGUUUUAGAUUUCCCAAUUCAUUAUGGUCGCACCCAUAUGAGCAGCAACAUACACAAUCUUCUGCACGUUCAUGAAGACGUUGAAGUGCAUGGUGAAUUGGACAACUUCUCGGCAUAUCCUUUCGAGAACUUUUUACAGUUUCUUAAAAGGUGUGUGAGGAAAGGUUCUAAAUGCUUAGAACAAGUAGCUGGUAGAUCCAAACUGUUUGCCUCGAUGAAUGUAAUCUCUAGUUCAAACAAAAACGUGUAUCCAUGUGUAACUUCGGAUGGCUGUGGGUUGCAUAUUACUGCCAGUUUUGUUUUAAAACCUGUGUUUAAAGAUCAGUGGUUAUUAACAACAUCUAACUCAAUAGUUAAAUUUGUAAGGGUGGAAAUCUCCUCCCAAAAUAUUUUUAUUAUACAUGGCAUUCAAUACGAAAAUAACGUAGAUUAUUUUCACGUUAAUAUUGAAGACGAUGUUUCGCGUAUUGAAUUAAAAUCUAGUGAAAUUGGUAUUUACAAACUAAAUUCUUUUCUUCCAUCAUUACCAGUCACCUUGACCAUUGAAUCUAUAAAAUGUAAAUUAGUAGCCGUUAAUUUGCCUCCUCGUCCUCUAGUUUAUUUCAAUGUAGAUGAAUUUGUAGACGAUACACCCCCACUUAUAUUAUUUAUUCCUUUGUUACACAGUUUUAAUAAUAAUUGAUAACAUGUUAAUGGUGGUGGC